CAUCACAGAUGGACUCCACAACCUACAUUGAAACUUUGAAUUCCAUUCACCAUCCUCCACAUGUUAGAUGGUACCCUGUUUAUUGAUAAUUUAAUGGAAGUAGAAGGACUAUUGAAAGGUGCUUAAGUAGGAGUGAGUCAGUGUGGGGUUGGAGGCAAUUGGUUAGUUGAGAGUUGGGAUACCAUGCAGUAAUGGUUGCACCGGCAUGAAGGUUCGGAUGUCAAAACUGUAAGAAUUUUGCAGCUCUCUGAACAUGCUAGGACUGCUAAGCCACGAUGAAAUGUCUUCCUUUCUUAUAGAGAGAGAGAGAGAGAGAGAGAGAGAGAGAGAGAGAGAGAGAGAGAGAGAGAGAGAUCAACCAUAUGCCAUUCAAUGCUACUCUUCCAUUUUAAAGCUAUAAAAGCCAUUCUAGGAAAGCAAAUACUGCAUAUGUAUUCUGGUUUCUAUUCUUCUCCAUUGAAAGUAAGAUGGGGAAGUUAUUCAAGAAUGUUGGAGUGUUUAGCAUAGUUCUGAUUAUUGUUGUAGUGGUGGUCGGGGUAGGGGAAGGGCGGGGAAUUGAGAAAGACAACUUUGCUGAUGGUUUAGGGGGUGGAGGGGGUGGGGGUGCUGGAGGUGGUGGUGGUGGAGGCCUUGGAGGUGGUGCAGGUGCCGGUGGAGGGUUUGGUAAGGGUGGUGGAAUUGGCAUUGGGUCUGGGGGUGGCAUUGGUGGAGGCGGUGGUGCUGGUGGAGGGGGCGGUGCUGGGGGAGGUUUAGGUGGUGGUGCUGGUGGUGGCUUCGGAGGUGGUAAAGGUGGCGGUGUUGGGAUUGGAGGUGGGUCUGGAGGCGGUGCAGGAGGAGGAAUUGGUGGUGGCGGUGGUGCUGGUGGUGGAGGUGGUGUAGGAGGAGGUGCUGGUGGUGGCUUUGGAGGUGGUAAAGGUGGUGGUGCAGGAGGAGGAGUUGGUGGUGGCCGUGGUGCUGGUGCUGGAGAUGGCUUUGGAGGUGGUAAAGGUGGUGGUGUAGGAGGAGGAAUUGGUGGUCGCAGUGGUGCUGGUGCUGGUGCUGGCGGUGGUGCAGGAGGAGGAGUUGGUGGUGGCGGUGGCGCUGGUGGUGGUGCUGGUGGUGGUGCUGGUGGUGGUGCAGGAGGAGGAAUUGGUGGUGGCAGUGGCGGCGGUGCAGGAGGCGGACUUGGUGGAGGUGGUGGUGCUGGCGGAGGUGCUGGUGCAGGUGCAGGUGUUGGUGGAGGUGGCAAAGGUGGUGGUGCUGGUGGAGGUGUUGGAGGUGGCAUUGGAGGGGGGUCUGGUGGUGGUGCAGGAGGUGGAGUUGGCGGUGGUGGCGGUGCUGGUGGUGGUAUUGGUGGAGGAGCUGGUGCUGGUGGAGGAAUUGGUGGUGGCGCUGGUGGUGGUGCUGGAGGUGGCAUUGGAGGAGGAGGAAGAGCUGGUGCUGGUGGAGGAUUUGGGGGUGGAUCAGGUGGAGGAAUUGGUGGCGGCUUUUAGGAAUUGAAAGAGCUAUAUUUUACUCUCAUGUACGAAUGAAUUGCAUAAUUUGCUGGGUAAUCUUGUAGAAUUCCAUGCACGUGCAUGGAGACUUAUUAUAUAUUGCUACCUCUAGCUAGUUUUUUAUGUACGUUUCUAUAUAUAUUACCCAACUGAAAUUUCAAUUGUCACCUCUGGCUAGGUUUUUAUGUACGUUUCUAUAUAUCUAUUACGCCUUCGAUGUCCACACACAGUCUCGUGGGCUUAUUAGGCUUUUGUUGA